GGCCUUGCCAUACACAAGAUAACUAAAUUGUGGGGGCGGCAGCUGUAUACGAGGUCGCACGCGACUUCUCAAUAGGGGCGACACCCCGUAAAACCUCCGACGCUCGCGACUACUAGUAUUACAUUUGGCCUCACAAAGCUGUCACACUCCUCGCAUUAUGUAUCCUCAAGUGACAUAACAACGCGAACAACGCGAGCAAAACCUGCUCACAGCGCUGCGUGCACGCCUCACCUGGAUUAUUUCAAUACUCACAUAUAAUACGCAUUACGCGCGCACAGUACUCAUGUUUUUGUUUAGGAGUUCCUGUCUCUAGCAGGGUCGAUUCGCCUUACCUUAGCAAAGGCUGAUGCGCGCUGCGAGCGUCGCAAGGCUAGGAAAGGCGUGAGGUGAUACUUCUACGCUAAGGCCCAGCACUAGCGGCUAUAGCUCCCAGUUCAGGACCAUUGGUAGCGUCAUCAAGGUUCUGCGGGACUUGGCGGCUGUGACCCAGAUGCGGAGAGCUGGGCCUACGUGCUGGUAGCUAGCCCCAGCCCAUCGCAGACGCCCCGACAGCGCCGCCUUUGGCCGCAAUCGGCAGCACUGGCGCAAAUGCGCUCAGCAGUUGGGCGGCUGCCACCGCUACGACCGCAACCGCGCGCGGCACACUUUAAUGCGCCACUGCGGUCACUGACGCGGGCGCUGCUACUGAUCAUCAUCAUUACAUGCGGCUCGCCGCUGCUACUGCCAGCGCAGCUGGCGGCGGCGCAGCCGCCGCUGCUUACACCUGCCCUGCAGCAGGGUGGCAAUGCUGGCACUGGGACACCACCUAGCGCUGUAGCACCCAGGCCUCCAGAGCAUUUGACGCAUCUAGAACCAUCACCACCAACACCAACAUCUUCGCCGCCGGCGGCAUCGCCGCCGCAACCGCCACCGCGGGUAGAUUCAUCGCAGAGCUAUGUCGGCAACAGCACUGGACCCAGCAGUAGCAAUACUAGCAGCAGCCCCGGUGUUUCUAAUAGCAGCAAUGUCACAGCUUUGCCGCCGCCGCCACAGCACCUGCCGCCGCAGCUUUUAGCUGCCAGCACGCCGCCAACGCGGCCGCAGCCAAACCCUGUACAAGCGCAGGCAUCACCACCACCUCUAGCCUCCCCUCACUCACCAUCACCCCCGCCCUCGAUACAGCCACCGCAGCUGCAGCCGCAGCCGCCACCUCUUGCGGCGCCGCCGCCGCUGUCAUCGCCGGUGCCUGUGGCGGCGGAGCCGGCGGCGGCAGAACCGCCGUCACCAGCGCUGUCCCAGCCUCCACGCCCCUCUCCAGCGUUUCUGGUUGCAGCGCCGCCCCCCAGCACAGGGGGAGGUGGUGGCUUACCUCUGCCGCUGCUGCAGGAGCCGCGGUCCCCGCCGCGGCCGCCGCGGCCGCCGCCACCCCCGCCAGAGGGGACGGAAGAGCCAACGGGACCGCCGAUGCUGCCGCUGCCGCGGGCCGAGCCGCCGCCGCAUCCGCCCCAACCGCAUCCCCAGCCAAUGCCACCAAGGCCGGAGCCCCCAUCCCCGCACCCGUCACCAACGCCGGAGCCCCCAUCACCGCACCCGCCACCAACGCCGGAGCCCCCAUUCCCGCACCCGCCACCAACACCGGAGGCCCCAUUCCCGCACCCGCCACCACAGCCGGAGCCCCCAUUCCCGCACCCGCCACCACAGCCGGAGCCGCCGCGGCCGCCGCAGUCACCACAGCCGGAGCCGCCGCGGCCACUGCCUGCGAGUGCGCCGCCGUCUCCACGCCCGCCCACAGCACCCUCCCCGCCAGUGCCGCCCGCCCCGACGCCACCGAUGGAGCCGCCCUCGCAGCCGCUGCCGCCGCUGACCCCGGACCCACCCGGCUCGCCUGCGCCGCCACCGCCGCUAGCGCCGCCCUCCCCCGAGCGCAGGCGACCGGUGCGCUCACCGCCCGCGCAGCCGCCCUUCCCGCCGCUGCCAAGCCCGCCCAUGGACGCCACGUCGCCCCAGUGCGCGCUGGUGCCGGAUGCGGAGGGCGGGGGCGGCGGCGCGCUGUCCAUGCUUCUGUCGGGCGGCGUGUUCCCCAGCGGCUUCAGGUUCGCUGUGGGCGGUAUUGCUGCCCUGCUGGGCAACAGCAGUAGCAGCGGCAGCGGUGGCGGCACCAGCGGCAGUAGCAGCACCGGCGAGCCUGGCAUGGCGGACUGCGGCUGUAGCGGCUCGCCGUACAGUGCCCUGCUGGGGGCGGACGUGACGGUUGCUGACACUACGUACUACGCCUUCCGGCUGGAGGCCCGGCCGUACGGCGACACUGGCAGUACGCCGUAUGGAACGGGCAGUACGGCGCCGCCGGCCUGGCGGCUGCCGUUGCAGGCUGUGGUGGUGGCGAUGGACCCCACACGUGCGACCUCGUGCUACGGAGUGGCGGACAGUGACCUCGUGCAGCCGACGUCGGGGGGUGCGGGCGGCUCCUUGGGCCGGCCCUUCCCCAGCGGCGCCUGGUUCCUACCCGCGGGGGCAGACACGCCCUGGCGGGGGGCAGGAGCCGGCGGCGGCGGCGGCGGCGGCGGCGUAUGGCCGGGCAUUCCGCUUCAGGCCUUCAUCGGUGUGAGCGCCAUGGGCAGUCGCGCCAUAGAGCUCACACUCAACCUCACCGACCUGCGAGCCCAGCUGGCCACUCUGCGCCCGCCGCCGCCGGCACCGCGGCCGCCGCCGCCCGCGCAGCCGCCGCCCGCGCCCCGGCCCUCGCCGCCGCCGCCCGCCGCCAGCCCCACAAUCCCCAUGGCGCCUCCCGAUGCGCCGGUAGGCCAGGAGCCACCGCUGGCAGGCGAAGAGCCGCCGGAGCUGCAGAUGCCGCCGCCACCGCUGCCGCCGCCGCGGCCACGGCCACCGGCGCCGUCGCCAGCUGGCAGCGGAACGAACCCUGACCAGUACUGGAUGGGGGGUGGCCGCCGCCGGCUGCAGCAGCAGGCGGCAGUUAGCCCCGACACCGUUGACAGUGGCAGCUUCGACGGCAGUAGCAGCUUUGGCGGCGGUAGCUGGCAGCAGCAGGCGCGGCGGCGGCUGGGGCGGGCACUACACCAGCAGCAGCAGGAUGCGGGAUCCGGCCGCGAUGCUGCCACCGACACCGUGCCACCUAGUCCCUCGAGCAACCUCGCUGACCCCAUCACAGCUGGCACAUUCCUCCUGGGCCGCUGCGGCGUGCUGCCCAUGCGGCGCCUGUGCCGCGCACGUGCACCCGACGGCUCCAACACGUGCCUCUUUGCCUUUGUGAUGGACCCCGGCCCGGCCUCAGGAGGCGGCGACGGCGGCGGCGGUGAUGAUGGGCAGGCCCCCGCCGCGCCGCCGGCGGAGCCGCCGCCGGCCUCGCCAGUAGCUCCGCUGUCGCCGACACCAUCGCCAUCACCACCAUCACCAUCACCGCCGCCGCCUCGCCCGCCGGUUCCCAGCCCCGCUCCGGCACCGCCGCCGCCGCGCCCGCCUUCGCCCUCGCCCUCGCCGCCUCACCUGCCGCCAACCCCGUCGCCCGGCCCCCCGUCUCCAACACCGCCGUUUCCUGCCCCACCGGCCCCUGCCCCACCGGCGCCUCACCCACCAGCCCCCGCCCCUCCACUGCCUGCUCCUCCCUCCCCGGCGCCGCCAUACCCACCCGCACCUUCACCCGCGCCCCAGCCCCUUCCCAUCUCGUCGCCACCUACCCCUGUGGUGGCGCCGCCUCCCGCACCGCCACCGGCACCGGCACCGGCACCGCCCACCCCAGCAGCCGGCACCACACCACCGCCGACAGCCGACCCGCCGCCGCUGGUGUAUGCUCCACCUCCACCCACCGGCAGCCCCAGCCCCAGCCCCAGCGCCAUUCCCAGCCCUACGCCGGUGCCGGCACCGGCGCCGGCGCCCCCGCCCGCUCCAGCCAGCCCCCGGCCGCCUGUGCCGCUGCCAGCGCCGGCGCCGCUGCCGGCGCCGCUGUCGCUGCCACCCGGACAGCUGCCGCCACCUGCCGCACCGCCGCCUGCGCCCAUAACCACCACCAACAACAACACGACCAGCCCGGCUUCCAGCGCCUCUCCGCCUCUCCCUGCGCCGGCCGUGCACCCGCCGCCAGUCACCAGCCUCAACCCGCCUCCAUCGCCCACCACGGCCUCCUCACCUCCGCCGCUGCCUGCCCCUUCCCCGGCACCCCUCUCCUCGCUGCCACCAAGGCCACCGCAGCCCGGUCCGCCGCAGCCCGCCCAGCAGGCGCAUUCGCCAUCGCCACCGCCCUCACCCGGCCUUGCACCACCACCCCAGCCCGCGCCUUCCUCCAUCCCCACACUUUCUCCGCCUGCUGCCGCUGCGCCACCGCAUCCAUCGCCACCUGCGCCACAGCCUCCGCCCGCGAUCGCACAGCCCCAGCCCGUGCCCGCGGCGCCCUCACCGCCGCCACCUGGACCGCCGGCGUCACCGCCAUCUGCCCAGUCGCCGCCGCCGGCACCGCACCUGCCGCCGCCGCCGCCGGUGCCCUCUCCACCGCUGCCCUCUCCCCCGCCACAGCUGGUGCCGCCGCCGCUGCCGCGACCCCUUGCCAGCGCGCCGCCGCCACUCGCCGCCACUCGCCGCCUGCUGCAGAUCGCAGGCAGCCCCGCCAUCACCAGCAUCAACACCAGCAGCACCACCAGCAGUGGCACUCCGCCGACGGGCAGCAACGCAACCCAGGCCACUUCCCCUCCAUCUCCCUCGCCUUCUUCCUCUCCCUCUCCCUCGGCCGUCGUGUUCGACACAGACGGUCAGCCCAACCCACCCCCACGGCCUCCUCGGCCGCCCCGCCCGCCACCGCCCGAAGCAGAUGAGGACCCACCCAGCUCGGCCCUGCCCCCAGGCCCUGGACCCGGCUCAUCCCCACCUCAAGCGACCGGUCCACCACCGCCGCUGCCCAACCCGCGGCCGCCAUUGCCCCAGCCGAUCACGUCACCGGCGCCGGCGCCGGCUGGGCAACAGCCCUUUCCUCCAUCGCCGCCGCUACCGGCGCCGCCUGCUUUGCUGCCGCCGCCUCCGCUACCCUCACCCAUGGCGCAGCUGCAGCCGCCGUCGCCGCAGCUGCAGCCGCCGUCGCCGCCAUCCAGUGCUCCUCCACAUCCCGCGCCACCCUCUCCAGCCCCCGCGCCAGCCCCCCUGCCUGCUGCAGCGCCGCCCCCACCUCCCCAGCCCCAACCCCCGGCUUCACCACGCCCUCCACCGGCACCAGUCCUUACGCCCUCGGCCUCUCCCUCGCCGUCGAAUGCUUCGUCACCAUCACCGCCACCGGCGCUGGCACCUAUGCCCUCCCCUGCUCCCCCUAGUCCCCGUCCUGAUGGCCCCAUCAGCACCCAGCAGCCGCCCUCGGCCCAGCCGCCCAGCAGCGCCCCCGGCAGUGGCAACACAACCGCCACCACGCCUCCUCCCCAGCCGUCAGCGCUUGCACCCAAGCCGCCAGUGCCGCCGCCACAGACGCCCCCGCACCCUCCCUCAACGCCACCGCCCACGGCGCAUCCCCCACCUGCCGCCACCAACACCACCAACACCACCAGCACCAGUGCUGUCCCACCGCCGGCUACUGUCAACUCACCACAGCCCAGCCCGUUGCCACCAUCCAAACCAACGCCUCCUACCCCGCAGCCGCAGCCGGCACCGCCGCAGCCGCAGCUGCAGCCGGCACCACCGCGGCCGCAGCCGCAGUCGCAGGAACACCCGGCGGGGUCGCCGCCACUGCCUCCCGCGGGACCGGGACAGCUGCUGCACCAGCCGCCGCCCCUGCCCGUGUCCAUGCCGCCCCCUUACCCCGCGCCUGCCCCCGCCAGCGCCCCCGCUCCUCCUCCUGCCCCGGCCUCUGGGCCCAGCUACGCCUUCCCGCCUCAGCCUCAGCCGUAUCCCCGGUCGCAGCCUCAGCCUCAGCCUCAGCCGCAGAGCGUGUCGUACCCGCCGUCCCAACAGCCCGGCAGCCGGCCCCCCGUCAUGGCAUACCCCCCCUCGCCAGCCAGCUCCCCGGCAUACCCACCCCCCGCGCCGCCCUCGCCGCGCCCCGGCCCUCCAAGCCCCGCUCCCACGCCCCCACCGCCCUCCCCAUCUCCGCCCCGGCCGCCCCCGCCGCCGCCACCCUCCCCCGCGCCACCGCCUGUGCGCCCAGCGCCGCCGCCCCCACCGCCGCCGCCGCCACCAGCCCCGCCGCCGCCGGCAGCUACAGCCGCCCCGCCCGUCGUGGCCGUGUGCUACAGCCGAGUGGAGCAAGACACGCAGCUACUGCCGCCCGCGUCGCCGCCGCCGUCGCCGCCUCCCACACCGCCGUCGGCGCCGCCGCCGGCGCCUCAGCCGCCUGCGCCGCCGCCACCUCUGAAGGUCCGGCCGCCGCCGCCGGCGCCUCACGCCGCCUUCCCGCCCGGCUAUGUCGCGCCCCCGCCGCCACCCAUGGACAUAAGCGUGGAGUGCCGCAAGACCAAGAGCGACGUGAUGAUCACCGACGGCGAGGUGUUUCCGUUCGGCCAGUUCCGGGUGGCCACCACGUGCGGCUGCGACACGGCGCCCUACCAGCUGGUGUUCGGCAAGGAUAUCACCUACAACGGAGACGUCUACCACACCUUCCGCCUGCUUCCCAAGCCCUGCAACGAGUCCAUAAAGCUGGGCAAAGCACCCAUCUGCAACCUGACUCGCUAUGAGGUGAACAAGAUUGCAAUCCGGCUCACCAUGGAGUCGGCGCCCUGCUUCAACACCUCGGACUCGCCGCUGCAGUACCUGGACAAGGCCCGCAACUACUACGGCGUGCGCUUUUGGAACCAAUCCAAACCCGACCGCCCCGACAGCUGGCUGCCGUCGCGUGUGGGCAUGACGUUCUCAGAGAAGAGCAUCGAGCUGUACGUGUUUGGUCUCAAGUACGCAUACACGGACGGUUUCUUCAUGAUGCUCCGCUGCCGCUUCCAGCCCAGCUUCGCCGCCAUGUGCAAACGCACCUCCGCCAACAUGUGCCUGUACGCUUUUGUGGACACGCCCGGACACGCCUACGUCAGCAUCUGCAAGGUGCAGGGGCUGGGCUAGCAUGCGUCACGUAAAGCCAGCAGCGGCCGCUGGCUGAGUCAUCCUUUUCCGUUGCGUUGCGUUGCUGGGAACAGCAUCUCUGACGUGUGUGUGUCAAGUAAGUAUACUUGUUUCAUUUCUAUUUAGUAUUUAUGGCUGUGCCUUGAUGGCAGGAUGGCAGGAUGCGUUGUACUGGACAGCCCCGUUGCGACCAACGGCAGCAGGUUGGGGUUCUUGUGAAAGGUAGAGCGUGUCAGUCGCAGGAGUCCAAGACACUAUGUGUACGUGCGACAGCGAGUGCCGUACUGAGCGAUGUUGAUAAACAUCAGCGCGCGGCUCCUGGUCGGUUACAACUGCUCAGGUAGCCUGGCCUGACGAUAUUCCGAUCAAAACUGUUCAUGGCAAACUUGCCAUGAAGUAACCUUCAUCAAAAGGACGCGGGGUACAGCAAGUGUCUGGCAUUGGGAUGAAUCUUGCACUUCCGGACCCGUGUGAUCUGCGUGGUCGCUUUCCCAAUGUGCUGCCGUGACUGAUUUGGCAUCUGCCGUACGGAUCUGGCUCAUCCAGCGGGCACCGACGUGUUGGUGUGGUGCGUGUGCGCUUGCCCAUGGUGUGCUUGCUGAUGAGGGCACCCCGGCAUGCAGAUGCUCUCAAUCCUCUCAUGCGUAAUUGACGGUUGCACCGUUGCAGUGACAGACAGAGGUGGCAUGCCGACCGUUUUUGGUCGCAAGGACGCACAAGGAGUCUGGCAGUUUGCAGUUUGCAGUAGCGUAGGCCGUGAAGGACUGGAUGACAGGGCCAACGGUUGUGCGGGUUUGAGUGGAAAGCUGGGAUUUUCACGCACCGCCGACUCACGCAUCCACCCACGCACCACAGAAGCAGUGAUGUGAUGUCACCAGGAUGGCAUACGCACGGUUGGCAUGGCCCCUGUUACCAUGCAAGAAGAGAUUGGCAGGAAGUCAGGAAGUCGUCAGGCCGCCAUACCGUAUGGGCCGCCUAGCUUGUGGCUUAUGCACGGUAAGGUAGGGUCACAGUGACUGGGGAGGAAGCGGCAAGGGCGAGCCACGCGCCGGGCCACCACGCGGGCGGCGAAGCGGUAAUGUACCGGUUACGGAAGCAGGGCACAGGGAAGCAAGAAGCCAUCAGGAGGCCCUCCCCUGGGUGGUGUUGCAUACAGGCUCAAAAUUGAGGGUCUGCCGGGGGAUGUCACUGCUGUCACAGUGGCCGGGAGCACAGAGUGGCACAGGCCCGCUGCACAGGGUCCAGGGCACGGUCCAGGGGGUCGAGCGUGAGCGUCCUGUCAAGCCGGUAGUGGCCAGGCGCCAGUGCGCCAGCAUGCCUCCUGCCGCAUGACAACUAAAUAAUUAGCUGCGGAUAAGUGUAAGCCUUUGGGUCUACCAGCGCAUUUGAGACGGGCAUAUGCACUAGAGUUGGUGUGAGUUGGCGGCUUUCGGGCGCUACUGCGACCUGCUCUCCACUGCAACACGUUCUUGCUUGAGAAAUGUACAACUCUACAUGUAUUUCGUAUUUCCCGAGCGGGGGG